AUGACUCCCUCGUAUAUCCUUCUAAGCCUGCUCUUUGUUGUGGGCGCGGUAGCACAUAUGACCAUGUUCGACCCACCACCGCUCCGCUAUAAAGACAACCCCUAUAGAGUUCAAGCCCAAGACUACACAUACUCUUCCCCGCUUGGAGCAGGAGAUACAGACUUUCCUUGUAAAGGGCACCAUGUGGAUAUGGGGACUCCUGAUGGCCGUUCUGUGAUGACCUAUGCCGCUGGGGGAACUUACAAUAUAAGAUUAACAGGGAAUUCAACACACGGAGGGGGGUCGUGCCAGAUUGCAUUAAGUCAUGAUAAGGGAGGUUCCUUCGGGGUCAUUAAAUCCUACAUUGGCGACUGUGUCAGAGCAGAUCCUUUGAGCCAUCAGAUAUUCGGUUUCACCAUACCUGAUGAUACUCCAAUUGGUGAUGCUCUUCUAUCGUGGAGCUGGUUCAACAAUGUAGGCAACCGUGAGAUGUACAUGGAUUGCGCAGUUGUUACAAUAGAAAGAGGUCACAGCAAAAAGAGAUCCCCUAAAGGGUCUCUACACCCACGUGCCACACUGCCAUCCAUAUUUGUAGCCAAUAUUGGCAAGGGAUGUGUUACUGUACCGAACAAAGACGUUGAUUUCCCGUCUCCGGGAACGGACAUCACAUACGGGGCUGGUGUGGACCCAGCUCCUCCGGAGGGCGACUCAUGUGGAGUAGUAGAUAUAGUGGUCGGAACCGACGAUGGAGUCGCCACUUUAAACGGUACAGGAAACACCACCAGCACAGGCACCGGUACCGGCACUAAUAACACCACUACUACUGACACCACUACUUCAACUACUUUGGGAACCGUCGACGCAGCUAUUGACGGGAAUGGAGCGACGGCAACUCCAGAUGCUACGCAUGAUUGUGCAUAUUGGGAAGAACGAAACUAUGUUUGUGCGUUGGGUAUGCGCUUGAGUGCCAACCUUCCGUCAAUGUGGUUGUUGUUAGGGGUUAUGAUUCUUUGGGCUUUUAUCCCAUAG